AAUUUGGUUUAACAUUUUUCUCAGGUUAUUUUGGAAGGGUUUUAAAACUUUGUUAAACAACCGAAAAAUCUACCAUUACACAUAUUAUCUAUUUAAUACCGGAAUCUGUGUUGCAUAAGUCAAAAAUGAAAAAAAACAGGUAUUUUAAACUUAAUCCCAUUUAAAAUAACCAUUACAUGUUCAGGUCAAUUCCUAUGCAAAUGAUGAAGAACAGAAUAUUCUGCUGAAGUGAAGAGACAAGAAAUUCAAACUAAACAUUCUUGUUUUACGUUAUUGAACAUUUCAACAGCAAAUAUUAUAGUUUUUAUGUCAUUUGCUUUGUACCAAACUAUUGCAGAAUAAAAAUACCCGAUUUAGUGUGACCAUGUUUGUGUCCAAAUUAACUGCAAAAUCAUGCCUUUUGCAUAAGAACCAUUUUUUCAGACAGUCUGUAAUAAGAAACAAUGUGUUGCAGGUUUUUUCUCUCGUUGCAGAUAUUUAAUUUAAGAAGCAGACGCAUUUAAUAGCUCAUGUUUGGUAUACACAUGCCAAGUUUCUUUGUCAAACAAAACCAGAAAAUAAAAUCCUAUCAGAGUUGCUUUGCCAAAAGAAAAGGAAAUUAUAUUUAAUAAAUGGCAAUGAAAGUUAUAAACUGCUUCAAAUAUUAAUUACUUGCUUUGAAACUGAUAUCUUUACAAUCAAAGUCUGAUUAAAAUAGGACCAUAUUACCACAUAUCAUUUAAAUAAAGAACCAACCGUGCUGGCCAACUUAGCUUGACACAAACUUCAUUAAAUUUACAUAACGAACAUGACAUACAAUGAUUCAUGAUUCUGCCAAUGAUUAAUGUUUUGCACUUUUGAAUGUGGAUUGGGAUUUUGUUCAUGCUUACUUUGCUAUAAAAGCAGCAAACAUGUUCUUGACUGCAUUUGUAAUUAACUUUCAAAAUGGUUGGAGUUACGUUGCUGAUACUUGCUGCAGUGACUUUCACUGCAGAGUCAACUGUUCGAAACCAGUACAUAGUUUGUAGGUCAGUAGAAGGUAUUUAUGAUCCAAACCAAGAAAUACAGCAAUCCAAUGCGACGAGUGUACGAGGUCCCAUGGGUAGACCGGGUAAAAGGGGUCCUAGGGGUUUGCAGGGACCAAAAGGCUCACAAGGACCUUUGGGUAUGCUAGGGCCAAAAGGUUUACAAGGACCCAUAGGUUUGCAAGGACCGGUGGGUCUACAAGGUCCAAAAGGCCUACAAGGACCCAGCGGGCCCAAGGGUAUAAAAGGAUCAAAAGGUUCACAAGGGCUCAAGGGAACAAGGGGGCAAAAGGGUGCAAGGGGACCUUCUGGAUCAGCUUCUAUAAAUUGGGCAGAGGUGGAUAGAAGAAUCCGCUUCCAAACAAGGUUAAGCAGAAGACGAAUUCUUUGCAGAGGAACAUGCUAUAGGCCGGGAAAGUAACGAAUCCAAAAAAUAUUAACCACAUCAAGAAGAAAAAGGAAUUAAAUUCAAGACUUAUCAGAUCAUUUCUAAAAUCAAAGACACCUCUACAAUGCUAUUAGCUAUGCCAAAUACAGUUAUAUAGAAUUUCAACUGUAACAGCUGUUAACUGUAAAUUCCAAAAUUCAAAUCUUACAUUAUACAUAUAUAGUGUAUACAUAGUGUUUAUGCCAUAUAUCUAACCACAAAAAGUGAAUUCAUACCAUCGCUAAAUGUAUAUAUGCGGAUGUAUUUAAAUAAACAAACCUGUGUGCAAUA